GAGAGAGAGCUAACAGCUAGCUAAGCUAACGCAGGACCAGACCCAGGGAGAGCGUCAGUAGGGGGACCGGGGAGCUCAUUUCUCUGCAAUGCCGAAUAAAGCUAAAAAAGAGAAGGAAUCUCCAAAGUCGGGAAAAUCGGGAAAAACUGGAGGGAAAGAUGGGCAGGAGAAUUCAGAACAUGAGGGCUCCAACAAGAAGAACAGCAACAGUGUGCCGCCCACCACGCAGCUGCUGAAGGGGAAGCAGCCCGGCACACAGACGCCCGUCAAGAAGGAGAAGAGGCAGAGCUCAUCCCGCUUCAGCCUCAGCAACAACCGUGAGCUGCAGAAGCUGCCCGCCUUCAAAGAUGUCCCUCCAGCAGAGCAAGAGAAGCUGUUCAUCCAGAAGCUGCGGCAAUGCUGCGUGCUAUUCGACUUCGUGGCUGACCCACUCAGUGACCUCAAGUGGAAGGAGGUGAAGAGGGCAGCACUCAGUGAGAUGGUGGAGUACAUCACGCACAACCGCAACGUCAUCACCGAGCCCAUCUACCCAGAGGUGGUGCACAUGUUUGCAGUGAACAUGUUCCGGACGUUGCCGCCUUCGUCCAAUCCCACAGGAGCUGAGUUUGACCCUGAGGAGGAUGAGCCCACGCUGGAGGCUGCGUGGCCACAUCUACAGCUCGUCUAUGAAUUUUUCCUUAGGUUUUUAGAGUCUCCAGACUUUCAACCAAAUAUAGCUAAGAAGUACAUUGACCAGAAGUUUGUGAUGCAGCUUUUAGAACUCUUUGACAGUGAAGACCCUCGGGAGAGAGACUUCCUGAAAACCACCCUGCAUCGAAUUUAUGGCAAAUUUCUGGGACUACGGGCGUACAUCAGAAAACAGAUUAAUAAUAUAUUUUAUAGGUUCAUAUAUGAAACUGAACACCAUAAUGGAAUAGCUGAAUUACUGGAGAUACUGGGAAGUAUAAUCAAUGGGUUUGCCUUACCAUUAAAAGAAGAGCACAAGAUUUUCCUUUUGAAGGUUUUGUUGCCUUUGCACAAAGUCAAGUCACUUAGUGUCUACCAUCCACAGUUGGCGUACUGUGUGGUGCAAUUUCUGGAGAAGGACAGCACUCUCACUGAACCAGUGGUUAUGGCCCUUCUCAAAUACUGGCCAAAGACACACAGUCCAAAGGAAGUGAUGUUCCUCAACGAGUUGGAGGAGAUCCUGGAUGUCAUCGAGCCGUCUGAGUUUGUCAAGGUCAUGGAGCCGCUGUUCCGACAGCUGGCCAAGUGUGUCUCCAGUCCGCACUUCCAGGUUGCAGAGAGAGCGCUGUACUACUGGAACAAUGAGUAUAUCAUGAGCCUCAUCAGCGACAACGCUGCCAAGAUCCUCCCCAUCAUGUUCCCAGCGCUGUACCGCAACUCCAAGACCCACUGGAACAAGACCAUCCAUGGGCUGAUCUACAAUGCUCUGAAGCUUUUCAUGGAGAUGAACCAGAAGCUGUUUGAUGACUGCACCCAGCAGUUCAGGGCAGAGAAGAACAAAGAAAAGGCAAAAUCAAAAGAGCGGGAGGAGGCCUGGAUCAAGAUUGAAAAUCUAGCCAAAUCAAACCCACAGUUCCUUAUGUAUGUUGAUUCCUCUGGCCUCAAUAGUCCAGUAGAAAUGGAGACAGAUGGUCCAUUGAUAGAAGAUGUUCUGAUGUUAAAAAAGACUGUAGAGGAAGAAGCGACUCAGGUAAACAUGCAGAGAGACCAGCGGAAGGAGCGGCCCCUGGUGCGACGCAAGUCUGAGCUGCCUCAGGAUAUCUACACCGUGAAAGCCUUGGAGUCCCACCGCCGCGCUGAGGACAUGCUGACCACACACGAUGGGCAUUAGACCCACCCCUUGCCCCUCGCCCCUCCCUACAGACCCCUGCACAUGUAAAGUAUUGGCAUAGGAACGGUGCGGUGUGCCCUACCUGCCCACCCCCUCCUGCCCCCUCCCGCCCCCCGCACACUCCCUGCUCAUAAUGGUUUCUGCUUUCUCAGGUGGUUUUUUUUUUUCACCAUUUCUCAUUUCACAUUGUUGUGUUUCCUUCACACAAUCCACAUCUUGAAUGUUACUUGUGUUUUUUGUUUUUUUUUUGUAGUCCUUUCCUUCAAAUGAAAGUGAAAAAAGUUUGGCUAAUGAUAGGCACACUCCACUGUAGGGAAUGGUGUGGUAACAUUAACAGGUGGAGAGCAAGCAGGACCAGAACAGGGAGGUGCAGCUUGUGUUUUUCCUCUCUUUCAAAGGGAACAAACAGGGAAAAGCGACAGUGGGGGGCGACUCUCUCCUCUUUCCAUCCUUUUUCUUUCUUUCCCUAGGGACAGCUGCCAGUGCCAAGAGCGUUGUGUUCGUCUCGACUACAUGUUGAUGUGUUAUUAGUGGGAUUUUAACAGGGAAAGGGAUGGGGGAUGUCAGUGGAGUUUGUGUCCUUUCUUUUGGCAUCAGACAUUGUAAUUAAGGCUUUUUUUUCCUCCUCCCCAUAACACGUGCUGAAGACCAGCCUUUUCGAAAGUGGCUGUUACCUCUGGGUUUUAAAGAGAAAGAAGGAGUGAGUUUUGGUUUUCUCUAGACUCCCAUUGUCAAUAGUUUUGUGCCAUACCACGUGCUUCUAAUGUUUCUUUUGCUUUUUUUCAAGUGGUCAGAUUCCCUAGGCAUGAAAUUUACAGAACACAGUUCAAAUAUUGGUGGUUCAAACAAUGGUAGAACUCUUUCAAGAGGAGCAACAGAUCGAGGGUCCAGUGUUAGGCUGCACAAUAACUCAGAUUACGGUGCAAGUCCUGGUCCACUUGUUUGUAUAAAGUGUAAAAAUAUAUAUAUUUUUAGUCAUUUACAACUGGGUAUCUCUGACAUAAGUAAUGUGUCCUAUGCUUUUGUGCCACUUGAAAGACUUUGAGUCGUUCAUUUGGGUUGUGAGGAGCCUCUUCCCCUGGGACAGGCGAGUGAGUCUGCCGCUACAUGCAAGGGUGUGGUUCGUAGAGUCGGCAGGAGGAGAGCACUGAGUAGGCUUUGUCUGUCUAUCGUCCCGCUUCCCUGUUGCUCCCAUAGACAGAACAUUCCACGUACCAGCAUGCACCUCUUCACCAGUGAAUUCUAACCCAGCCCCCCCAGCUCAUGUCCUGAAGUUACCUUUUAAGUAGUGGCUGAGCCACACCAGGUGAGCUGACUCCUGCUGUGGCAGGAGACCCUGCGGCCCCCGAGUUCUUCUCUGGUCACAACCUCCCAGAGCAUUAAACAGCCUAGAGUAGGGUAUGCAGCACUAGUCCUCAAGGGUCAUGGUGUCAGAGUUUGUUCUGCUUCAAAUCUUGAAUUGAGGUGGUUGUUUGGAUUGCAGAUCAUUGCGUCUGGCGUUCCAGGUGUGAAUCGGCCAGACAUAGAAAGGUAACUAAAACCUGUAGGACCUGGACCCUUCCCUUUGCCAAAGACGUGCUGGUCACUGUAUCACUCAGUCCAGACCUGCAUGCUAGCGAUACCUACAGUACGAAACGAUACCCCUCAAAGAGGAAGCUCCCAGGCUACAGAGAGACAUGGACCAGUUACUGAGCAUCAGACAAAACAGGCAGUGUUUUAACUCCUUUUGGGUUUUUGGCGCAUUUCAAGUUUUGCUGUGCUCUCUCCUCAGAGGUGCUUAGCCGCAGAGCUGAAAGGACUGUUAUUUGUGUUGCAUAAGUGAAGAACAUGGCCUUUAUUCACUUUGGAAAAUAGUUUUCACAGUGCCUUUAUUACAUGAGAAAGAUACGAAGAUAUUAGCCUAACAAAGAUUUGGUAUAAGGUUUUGCAUUUGAACAAUCUAUUUCAAAUUAGCUUUCAGUAGGUUUCAAAUAUACAUGUGAGAAUACUUGCUAGUAAAUAUACUUGCACAUAUAAGUUGACAUAAGUUUGACAGCUUCCAUGUUCGGUCUGGCCUUCACAGAAGCAGAUAAUAUCCUGAUGGUGAGGACCUCACCAUAGCGCAGCCUGUUAAAACACCUAAACCACACUUCCUGUAAAACUUGAAGAAUGUCUUUUAUUGUUUCGUCGUAUCCCAAAUGAAUCAAUCCUGCUGUUGGCUGUGAUUCACCUGUGUGUUUAUCCAGCUUUUAGAUUGGCUGAGGCUGUUCAAUCCCAGAAUGGCUUGCAAAUCAAGGAGAGGAGCAUGCUGCAGUUUUUCCCCUCUCUCUCCUUGGAGUAUUUGUUUCUACUGUAUACCAUUGUUUGAACUUCCAUUUCUUUAAACUGCUACUUCCUUUGGUUUGGAUCUUCUGUGUGUCUGAGUUUUUAACAGAAGGUUGUUUGUUUUUGACUCUGCCCCCCCCCCCCCCCCCCUUUGCGCACUUAACUGUACGUUUGUAUCUGGUUGGAUGAGCAAGGUGUAAAAUAUUCCACCACGUUCAGCAUUUAUCCUUUUUUCCCCUUGAAAGAAUAACAUUCACCAUCAUCAUUUAUUUUUCCUCUUUAAAACAAUGUAAGUCUACUGUUACGUAAGUCAAUACUGUUUGAAAAGACAUUUUCCCCAGUGCAUUUUCUUGGGACAAGCUUUGCCUGGUUUUGCAGCAGUGGCACAGAAAUGACUGAAUACACACAAGAAAACAAAGCAGAAAAAUGGGUUUUGGUGAUUGUUUUUCUUCAUCCAAUGGCUUUGCUUCAGCAUCUCUGGAGUUUUUUAGUUUUACAUGUGCUUUCCAAAAUACAAUAACAUGACAAGUGUCCUUUAGUAUACCACCUGUACUAAAUGGCUUCAUUUAAUAUUGUACAUAUAAUGUACUUUGUUUUAUGUAGUGUUAUAUCUAUUAAACGGUAGAUUUCAUAUUUUGUACAAAAUGGUCCUAUGUACAGAAUAAAUCCUGAAUAGCAACUGCAAAAGUUGGAAUGUGGCACAGACUU